AUGGCCGACAACCCUCCGACACUGCAAUGUCUCGUGGAUGGAGAGGGUACCUCCAACGCGCUUCUUGUCGAGAUUCCCUCAAGCGACACAGUCCCUAUCAAGACUAAGGAGACUAACGAUCCCGUUGUGCCCGCCAACAAGCACAAGCCCAUCGUCUUGAACGAGAUUGACUCCACAACAGAAAUUGACCCAACAGACGAUAUUUCCAAUGCACCACCCAAGGAAACGAUCUACGACAUCAUUCAGCGCCUUCUUCGAAGCUACAAUCCGGCCUGCUCUGGACCUUUUGCACCCGAAGCGACCACAUCGGACGACAAAGGCACCCCCCUCAGAGGCAGCCCUAAAAACGAUCAUGGAAUACCAAACAACGAUCUCAUCACCUUCUUCGGCGUGAGUGGCUGCGGAAAGACGCGAGCUGUCGUGGAAAUGCUUGCGCAGAACUGGGGGUUCUAUCUGAAUGGCAGUCGGGCGGAUAAAGGUUCAAGGGAUGUCGCCACUUUGUUCGAAUCAGCACUGGAUAUGCCGACACGAUAUUUCUCCUCCGACAAGGUGCAGAAUGGCCUCAACAUUAUGGCGAUUACAGGCUGCCUUCUUAUAUCACGCCUUAUGGUCCUACGAUACUGCCUGAGUUUCGGUCGCCGUGAUACAUUUACCUGUGAUCGGUGGAUGUUACUCCAAGUUUGUCCGGGAGUCUUUGACGCCACUGUGCCGGAUGUCUUUAACGUCGUUUUCAACGCUAUACUACACGCCUGCCACAAUCAGAUGCCAUGUAUUCCUUUCGCCAGCUUAGAGCAUCUAUUGCAGGAUCGAUUUCAUCAGGUUCAAGACCAGCUCUCCUCGUUCACCUCCGAUUCUCCUACAAACAAGCUUCUCGUCGUCCUUAACUCAGCGCAGGCCCUGAGCGAUUAUGGGAGGGAUUGUUUCGUGUCGCACGCGGACCCCAGUGAUCUGAGAUCGCUCCUUUCUCCUAUCAUUCAUGGGCUCAGGAGCAUUUCGGGAAACUUGAGAGACUACUGUGUGGUGACUUGUGGCGCAGGCAUUGGUGCAGACGAACUCGAAGCCUUGGCGACCUCUGGUGGGAUUGGAGGCAACCUGGAUCAAAUCGAUCGCCGAAUCGUCGACUUUCCAUGUUGGGAAACGGAGGACCAAGUUUCUAUGUACAUCAACGAUCUCGGAGAAGCGAUGAGCGAGGACGACAGGGUAAUGCUUCAUACCUUGAUACCGGAGACAGCUAUCCAGGAGUUGUUUUACAAGCUUCGAGACCGGCUCCAUCCAAUUAUCUUGAACACGCCUCGUUGGGGUUUCUAUUUCAACGCUGCUGCGAACGACUUGGGAUCGGUCGACAUUACCGCCCUCAUGUCCGACAUUGGGACGCGUCUACAGCCGGAUCGGAAGGCUAAUAACCGCCUAGCGAGGACCAUCACAUACCUGCUCUUGCUGUCUCGGCUCAAGAUUCUUCAGCACUGUUUGACAAUCUCGGGAAGCCACCAGACCUUUACCAGUGCCAGGUGGACCAUCCUUCAGACUUGUUCCCACGUCUUCUUCAACGACAUUUUUGCACAGCUAUUUGAGUGUCUUUUGCCGAUUUUCGCUCAGUAUCAAACCCCCUUGACAGAGUCCGUUCUUGUGGCGGCUGUCCAAAGAGGGUUCCAAGCGACAAGAGACCUACUUGAGGAGCACGGAAAAAAGGGUGGCCUUCCCUAA